AUGGUCUCACAACGAGGUAUAGAGGCAAACCUUGAGAAAGUCAAAGCCAUAUUGGAUAUCACAUCCCCAAGGAGUGUGAAGGAGGUUCAGAAACUGACGGGACGUAUAGCAGCUUUGAACAGGCCUAGAACAAUCAUCAAAGCCCAGGCACUAGCAGACUUUGUUGCUGAAUUCACUAUACCUGAUCAAGAUUUGAAAUCAGAUUACUGGACAGUGUAUACAAAUGGCUCAUCAACGUCAGGCAUAAAUGGAGUAGGUGCAAUCCUCUUGCCCCCUGAGAAAUACAUCCUCAAGUACGGAGUCCGGCUUCAGUUCCCAACAACGAAUAAUGAAGCAGAGUACGUAGCUAUCUUGAUGCGCUUGAGGUUUGCAAAAGCCAUGGGUGUGAGAAACUUGAAACUGAACUCUGAUUCAAAGCUCAUGAUAGGGCAGAUGAACAAUGAAUACGAGGCUAAAGAAGACAGGAUGAAGAGGUACUUAGCAGUGACCAGUUAG